AUGGAAAGCAAAAAUUCAGCCCUUAAAAAUUUGGAAAUCCAGCUGAGCCAAUUGACAGCUCUUGUGUCAGAAAAAAUUCAAGUCCCCUUACCAAUCAAUACGGAGAAAAAUCCAAAGGAACACUUAAGGCCAUCACCUUACGAUCAGAUUCACAUUAAUAUUCCUUUUGCCAAUACUUUGUUGCAAACGCCUUCUUACGCCAAAUUCCUGAAAGAAAUUUUGUCAAGCAAAAGGAAAUUGGAAAAAGUUUAUGUGGUAAUGCUAACGGAAAAAUGUAGUGCUAUACUUCAAAAUAAGCUACCGCAAAAACUUGGUGACCCAAGCAGUUUUACAAUUUCAUGCACUUUGGGAGGAGUGUAUUUUGAAAUGGCACUCUGCGAUUCUGGAGCUUCAAUAAACUUGAUGCCACUUAGAAAAUUAAAUCUUGGUGAGUUGAAAGAUAUAGGUGUCUCUCUACAGUCUGCAGAUCAAAGUACUAAGAAACCUAAGGGAAUAAUUGAAAAUGUACUUAUGAGAGUAGAUAAAUUAGUUUUCCCUAUAGAUUUCACGGUGCUUGAAAUGAAGGAGUGCCCUGAUGAACCAAUUAAUUUGGGUAGACCAUUUCUUGCUACAGGUAGAGCAAUUAUAGAUGUCCAUCAAGGACAACUAAUUUUAAGAUUUGAUGAAGAAAGGGUCAUUUUUGACAUGCAAAAGUUACUAAGAUAUUCAGGAGAUGAAUCAUCACCUUCGUGCUUUUUAAUUGACAUGAUUAGUUAUCUUGCAGAUGAAUUUAGAGAUGAUCAAUUAACUCCAGACUCGAUGGAAAGAUGCUUGGCCAAAUCAGGCACCAUACAGGAUGAUGAUCCCACCAUCAGAAGAGAAGUUGAAAUAUUAGAAAAAGAUACUGAGGAUCGGGAGAUGCAACCUGAAGAAAUUCAACCAAAUAUCGAACUCAAAAUUAUCCCAUCUCAUUUAAAAUGUGCUUAUCUUGAGAAAGAACAAUGUCCAGUGAUUAUUUCAUCUUUUUUGACUGCAGAACAAGAAGAAAGAUUAAUUGAAGUCUUGAAAACAUACAAAAGAGCCUUAGGGUGGACUAUAGCAGAUAUCAAAGGGAUUGAUCCAGUUGUUUGUACUCACAGAAUCCUCAUGGAUGAUAGCUACAAACCAAUAGUUCAAUCCCAAAAUAGAAUGAAUCCAGCAAUACAGGAAGUGGUAAAAAAGGAAAUUGUAAAACUUUUGGCGGCAGUUAUCAUUUAUCCUAUUUCAAACAGUCCUUGGGUAAGUCCUAUUCAGGUAGUGCCAAAGAAAGGAGGGUAUAAGCAGAUACCAAUUGCACCAGAAGAUCAAGAUGAGACAACCUUCACAUGUCCUCAUGGAACAGAUGCUUAUAUGAGAAUGCCAUUUGGUGUUUGCCUAGAUGCAUUUGAGACCCUUAAGAAAAAUUUAUCAAAUGCCCAUGUAGUUGUGUCCCCUGACUGGAAUCAAACUUUUGAGGUUAUGUGUGAUGCUAGUGAUAUAUCAGUAGGAGUUGUUUUAGGCCAGAGAAAGGAUAAGAUUUUUCGUCCCAUUUACUAUGCUAGUAGAACAAUGAAUGAGGCUCAACUCAAUUAUGUCACAACAAAGAAAGAGUUACUAGCAGUAGUAUUUGCAUUUGAUAAAUAUCGUCCAUAUUUAAUAGGAACUAAGGUAAUAGUUUUCACUGAUCAAGCAGCUUUGAAAUACCUCUUAGCAAAGAAGGAUGCUAGACCUAGAUUGUUAAGAUGGAUUUUACUUCUGCAAGAAUUUGAUCUUGAGAUAAAAGAUAAAAAGUGGACAGAGAAUCAGGUAGCUGACCACUUGUCUAGAUUAGAAAAUCCUCCGCUUGAGUUUAGUGAGAUAAAGGAAGAAUUUGCUGAUGAACAUAUUUUUUCAAUCGACUCAGUAGUGACUCAACCAUCCUGGUUUGCAGAUAUUGCAAACUACUUGGUUGGAAAGUGGACAUCCCAAGAUCUUUUGUACCAACAAAGGAAAAAACUUAUAUCUGAUGCUAACUGCUAA